UAAUAAUGGGGUUCCACCUGUAGCAAGAUCAUUAUUUAACCCAACCCUAACCCACUAGCGCUAAUCAAAUAACCAUUUGUUCGUGUGACAAAGAGGAAAUGUGCCCACAACAAUCUCUCUCAAUCUGACUUAAAGAAAGAGCAAAGAGUGGCCACAAACAAACAAACAAACGAACGAAACACAACUCUCUCCUCUCUCUCUAAAAUCAAAUUAUAUCUUCAUCUUCUCAUUCUCAUCAUCACCACCGCCUCUUCUUCUUCCCUUUAGUCUGUCUCCGCCAUGGCCAAGCUCGUCGCUGAAAUCGUCGACGCCAGCGAUCUCAUGCCCAAAGAUGCCGACUCUGCAAACCCCUU